GUCUCCUCCACUUCCUCCUUCGUCUGCUGCUCUGCGCUGAGCUACAUCGGUCGUUUACAGCGCAUACCUUAAGUACAUGUCAGAUGAUGCACCGAGGGUGGUUUUUUAAUAAAUACCACCAAAUAUGCAGUGCUCGUUCAGCUUGUAUAUGUCAGUUUGGUAAGAUAGACUGAGUCUAGAAACCAGGAAACUGAAGGGGGGGAAAAAAACCAAAAAACUGUGAGAGCAGACAGACAAGAGGCCACGGUUCACCCUCACACACAUACAUCAUCACGGCCUUGAUGGUGAUGUAUGCAAGGAAACCAACAAGAGUCAGCGAUGGGUGCAACGACAGAAGGGAGUCACAGUCCUAUCAGACCCAUAAAUCCCAGCCAAAGAGCCAGUCCAGCAGCCUUCACCGUUAUGACAAGGUGCGAGAUGGCUCGUCAGAUCCCAUGCCCCCUUACAAGAUGCUGCGACGCUCGGACGAAAGUCCUGUCAACAGACAUGGAGAAAGCACAGGACAUGGGAAGGCCAAGAUCUCCCACGCUGUUAGAGGAAAAAAUGGGACCAGCGGCUCUCCUCAGGAGACCUCUCACAACAACAGCUCCCACCAUAGCAUCGACUCUCAUGCCACUCAGAGCAAGCCUGCAGACAGGGACCCAGCAGAUGACUGGACAGAGCACAUUAGCUCCUCUGGCAAGAAGUACUACUACAACUGUAGAACUGAGGUCUCCCAGUGGGAGAAGCCCAAGGACCUGCUUGAGAGGGAACAACGACAGAAAGACUCGGCCAAGAUGCCACCAAACAGUUUCCCCAAGGACAUGGAUUACAGACAAGAGGCCUUGCAGGACAAAGCCCCAACUAAGACAACAUCCGGGGACCAAUCCACAACAUCAAACUGCGGCUAUUCCUCUUCUUCUCAGAGCCUAAACUCAGCUGCUGGCGCUUUAGGCUCUGCCUCCUCAAACAUGUCGUCGUCCUCUUCAACCUCCACGGGGCAGGGGCCUCCGUCCGUGCAGUCGCCAUCUCCUGCGCUGCUCCAGGACCCGGCCCUCCUGCAUCAGCUCCUCCCAGCUCUGCAGGCAACUCUGCAGAUGAACAACGGCAGCAUGGACAUGGCUAAGCUCAAUGAGGUCUUGGCAGCUGCUGUCACCCAAGCUUCCUUGCGGUCUGUGCUUCAUAAGCUCCUCGCUGCUGGACCUGCUUUCAACGUCACUGCUCUGCUCUCAGCUGCUCAACACUCCAACCAAGCCCAGCACUCCAGUCAGUCUCCAGUCUCCCUGACAACAGAUGCAUCUUCGCCAAGGCCGUACAUCUCACCACGCAACGGUACACCCCAACACAACCAGAAAUCCCUUCCAGGCGUGCACGCAAGCACCAUCGCAUCCUCACAAAGCAGGGGUAGCAUAUCUUCAGGGAAACAAGGAGCAUCAUCCUUGUCUCAAACGGCCGAAAAACGUCCAGAAGACCCGAGAACUCUGCAGCAGAGAAGCAGCCAGGAGGUUCUUUGCAUGGGAUCAGGUGUAUCUGGUUCUGUGUUGCCCCAUGCACCCUCCAGCAGUGCCAGCCAAGCCCAGUCAGACCCCCCUGGCUCCUUCACUCCCUCCCUGGCAGCUCAUUUUGAUGAAAACCUCAUCCGACAUAUCCAAGGGUGGCCUUCAGAGAGCACUGAGAAACAGGCGGCUCGGUUGCGAGAGGACUUCUACAACAUGGGCAGCCUGUACAUGUCUGAAAUCUGCACAGAGAUGAAAAACCUUCGCUCCCUGGUCAGAGUGUGUGAAAUUCAGGCCACACUGAGGGAACAGAGAAUCCUGUUUCUGAGGCAGCAGAGCAAAGAGCUGGACAAACUGAAGAAUCAGAACUCCUACAUGGUGUAAGGACCAGAGAAGAAAAGACUCAGAUGGUCGAAUCAGUCACAGCCAGAGUUGAUUAAACACGGACAACAUGCUGCUCCGGCCUGUUUAUUCUCUCCACUGCUACAAGAUGACAACAGAGGAGUCUUUUUCCUUUCUUUUUCUUUUUAAAUUAGUUUUCCAGUGUCCACCAGAUGAAUUGCUUUCACUGAAAGGCCAAACUAAGUGGACACAGAGGACCUGAGGCUCUUUGCAAAAGGCACCUUUUUGGACCAUGAACAUUGGAUUGUGUGUGUAUCGUAUCGGGUUAACUUGUUUUCUGGUGUGUUUUGAUGUGUAGUGGUGAGGAAGAGAUUCAAGGUGAACUCAGACCAUCUUAUACUUGGUGUGACUGCUCUUUGGGGGGUGAACAAUCUCGUUCACUCCUCAAAACUUUGAGACGGACUCAAUCAUGCGCUGACAUGUGGAUUCAUUGGCGGUGAUGUUACUGUUAUUUUCUGUUCACUAUAAUUGUGAGAUGUUCUGCCAUCCCAUUGUAUCUUCAAGCUGGUUUGGUUUUACAUGUCAUGAGAUUAGCUAAAACUUAACCAGAGAUUAGCAAAAGCCAGACCUUUCAGAAGAGAUGUAUUGUGUUAGAUGUUUUAAAGCCAUUUAAGAAACACCUAUUGGACCUAGGUUGGGUGGCUAUUACAUCUGAGGUUGGUUUCAUUUGUUUUUUUUUUUUCAUUCCUUCAGCAUUUUUUUCCAAUAUUUUAUUUCUCUUUCAAGAAAUUCCAAGAAAUAAAACAUUCCUUCCAUUCAGCUUGGUAAGAGAUUUUGUUGACUGAAUUUGCAGUCAUGUAAGGCUAAGUUAUUGUUGCACGUGAUUUUAAACGUCCUUGUAGUUGUAAUCAAGAAGACCGGUGGGAAGAAGUUUUCAUUUUUCUACAAGGAAGCUCAUCUUUUGUUUCUCUUGUUUUUGGUUCAGCUCUUUGCUGCAGCCUUUUUACCAACUGACUGGAGCCAGAUGUGGCUACUACUUUUUUUUUUUUU